AUGGCUCCCAUUGCAACUUCAGAAACCGUGUCUGACGCCGACAUUGCUGAUCUCAAGGAGGCUGUCCGCGCCGCCACCCUGCAGCACAAAGGCGACUUUCCGCUUCCUCCUGACGGCACCCUUCGUCGAUACAAGAAGGCCGGCAUCGACUUGUCGGAGGGCUACCCCUACGUCCCCAAGGCUGCAUUGGGUGGCGGAGUCGACCGCAAUCAAGCCGCCCGUGCCGAUGAAGGCUCCCGUGAUGUCGCGUAUGUGGACCCCGCGUCUCGUGCCGACCCGGAGAAGAAGGCGCUCUUGUCGGCAGCCACGAAAGUUGACCACUUGACCCAGCACAUCGGCACCGAGAUCUCUGGAAUUCAGCUUGAUUCUCUCACGGAUCAGCAGAAGGAUGAGCUCGCCCUGCUUGCCGCUGAGCGUGGUGUCGUCUUCUUCCGCGACCAGGACCUCUCGCCGCAGGCUCAGAAGGAGCUUGGGCUGUACUGGGGCCAAGGUCGCGUUGAGGUUCACCCCCAGGCACCCCAGGUUCCCGGGCAGCCUGGUGUCCUUCUCAUCUGGGAAGAAGGACGACCGAAGAACUGGGGCCCAAGCACCCGUUCUCACCGUCUCCCAUACGGUGGUGGUCAUUAUGGCUGGCACUCCGACCUCUCCCACGAGGAGUUCCCGCCGGGAUACACUCACCUUUACCAAGACUCGGUGCCUGUCACUGGAGGUGACACCCUGUGGGCGAGCGGUUACGCCGCGUAUGACAAGCUCUCACCGACAUUCAAGAAGCUCAUCGAGGGUCUCAAUGGUAUCUACCGUUCGGCGAACGUCUAUCCCGACCCGUCGAAGCCGAACGCAGCCCCCAAGCCAAUCCUCCGCAAGCACCCUCUGGUCCGUACUCACCCGGUGACCGGCUGGAAGUCGUUGUUCGUCAACCGAUGGUGGACCGUUGGUAUCGAGGGCCUGGACGGUCCCGAGGCAACGAUUAUCCUCGACUAUCUGAACGACGUGUUUGAGCGUAGCACCGACAUCCAGGUUCGCUGGCGCUGGACACCUGGUACGAGCGCAGUCUGGGACAACCGCGUUGUCAACCACACUGUCAGCUUUGACUGGGUGGGUGACCGCCAUGGCACUCGCGUCUCGAGCUUGGGAGAGAAGCCGUUCUUCGAUCCCAACUCGAAGGGGCGUGCCGAGUCGUUGAGUCUCGAGGAGUGGAAUGGCCCAGACUACGACAACUUCAGGUUUUCGCAGCUUGGACUUCAGUAG